CUCAAGGUGUUCUCUAUAAAGCCGAAGAUGGCGACAGACUGAGAAGAGGAGCAUAAGGGGGAUAUCAGGACGAUGAGCAGAAAAUACAGCUUUCUGCACCAGAAACGGAAGAAAAAAUAAAAGAAAACACAUUUGCUCAAGGAUGACAGUUUUUAAGUAAGAUUUCCUCUUCAUGCGUGAUAUGCGUUUCCUGAGUACUGGCGAAGGGGCGCUGAGGAUGCUGGUAGGAUUUUGCAGCAUGCUAAAAUUAUGGGUGUAUAGGGGAGAUUUUGUCUGGCUGUUUUUCUUUGCAAUGGAUCGUUCAAAAAAUUAGACGCAGAGGUGAGGAAGUGGAUUGAUUUUUUAAUUCAACGCCGGAAAAUAUGCAGCCCAUCAUCAUGUUGCAAAGGAGGUAGGUGACAUUGUUUGGGGGAAAAAACUGGAGAGGAGAAUAACCCACUGGAGAUUGAUUUUGUCUCCCCCUAAAAUAUGAUCAGGGGUGCUUGGAUGUAUCGAAGGGAAGAUGAUGCCGUGUUGAAAAUAUGUUGUGCACCCAAACAAAACGACAAACCCUGCGCCGAUUCCGAGAGGGCACAGAAAUGGCGAAUGUCUUUGGCAUCCCUGUUAUUUUUCACCGUCCUUCUCUCUGAUCACCUCUGGUUGUGUGCUGGAGUUAAGCUUAGGUCCAAGGAGAGGAACUACCGCAAACCCUGGAGCAACGCAACUGACGGGGACCAUCCAGUACAGGGCGAAAAGUGUGGUAUUUUUCUAAGCAAUCUGACCAAAUCCGCUGCUCCAAGUCCUCAUUGCACUGAUGCUCAAAACAACCAACAUCUGGAGUCAGCCUGCACCACCUUGCAUCGGCAGAAAACGGGCCUUGGUUCCACAUUUUCAACUCCAUCAUUAUCGACACAGUUGAUUUUGACUUAUUUUAGGAAUUUCAGCCUUUCCUUUUGUGACUCAUACUCUAUCUCCGACCUGCUGUUGGGGAUGGCCAACCCAGACAAUUUGAAUUGCAGUCUUCAGAACAUGAUUUGGGAUUUGGGUAGCGGCGCUGUGGAGGACGAGGACGUCUGCAGCACCUGCAUCCAGGCAUACAUGAGGCUGGACCAACACGCUCAGGAAAAAUAUGAGGAGUUUGACUUCCUCUUUCUCAAGUAUUUAUCAGAGGAUUAUUCAGUAAGAUCAAGUACAGAGGACUGUAAGUCAGUCUACAAAGCCUGGUUAUGCUCAGAAUAUUUCAAUGCUACCCAGAGCCAGUGUCACUACAGGAUUCCCUGCAAGCAAUACUGUCUGGAGGUCCAGACCAGAUGCCCGUUUGUGUUACCAGACAAUGACGACUUGGUCUACGGGGGGUUAUCCAGCUUCAUCUGUACAGGGCUACUAGAAAACCAUUUAACCAAUGUAGAGCCAGAAUGUUGCGAUGUGAGAUGGAGCAGCUGCGAGCCAGCGUCGGAGGGCGCCUGCAACGCGUCCGCCAAACCCCCCGGCUCCUCGGCGUGGCCCGUGUCGGCCGCCUCCCGGCUCUGCAACAGCAGCAGACUCAAACUGUGUGUGCUGGUUCUCAUCCUCCUGCACACUGUCGUCACUUUUUCUACGGUACAAAACAGUGGGGGGAUGACCCUGGAGACCAUCACCCCUAUGGAGGAGGCCUCCACCAGAGAGGAGUGAAUCAGAAUCUCUCCACCCAAAAAAAAAAAAAAGUAUAAAAUACAAUAAAUCUGCUGAGGUGGUCAUAAUAGGAAGGAAGAGGCAAAGUGCGUGCCCCCCUCGCCCUCCCCUGCCAGCCAGCAGUUCGGACUUUGUGGUCAAAUAGGGAGAGGGGAGGGGGAGGGACAGAAAAAGGAAGUGAGGAAGUCCUACUUCCUGUUCGCCCCCAGAGUUGUAUUUUUUCUCUCUGCAGAGGUGUCGUGUGUUUCUUCCGGGAAAGGUUUGGGUACAAUUGGCCUUUAUCACAUUCCACAUUGUUGUGAGGGUCUCUCUGUGAAGCAGGGCAGAGAUGUGGAAUGCCUUUUUGCAAUUGGAUUAUAUUUCAAUACACAGUAAUACUAGUGAAUUAUAUUUAAAUAUGAAUUUAUACUUAGGAAUACCAAUUCUCUGCCUACUUCCCUGCAUCAUGGUCAGAUAAGAAGACUUUCAAACUCACAGUAUCCAAUCAUUUCAGUUUCAUCAAUUUAUCACUGAUAUUGUUAUAUUAAACAAAUGGAGCUCCAUUAAUUUGCAACUGAAUUGAAACCGUUUGAAUGUGUGCCUCAUAAGAAAAGGGCAAAGUUCUCUGAUAAUCAAAAUAAUUUUACUAAAAAAAUGAAUAAUGUGAUUUCAUGGUAAAUACAAAAUUGUUAAGUAGCAUGAAACACUACGCGGUUGAAGUGGUUCAUAAUUGGAAAGUAGAGCUUGAAAAUCAGACGUGCAUUAUUUUAUCCAUUUUCUUUUUUCUUUUUUUCUGCAUGGCAGGUUAUGCAUUUUGAUAUUCUCAUACCACAAAGCUAAUGUUUUACUUGACUGUUUUUUUGUUUGUUUGUUUUUGCUGCCAGCAGUGAUAUGACUGACAGACAUAUGGAUUGGUUAAAAGAGAACAAAACCAAAAGCUGUCUUCCAAAUGAAUGAAAUUAACACCCCCACAGAAAUAAUCCGAUAUUUAAAUAAUCUGAUCAAAGGAGGUUUUUCCCUCUAGAAACUGAAAUAUGAUGCAUUAGAGAUCUGUUUGUUAUUCUAUUACUGACAUGACCCGUUCAGAUUGGGUUUGAAGUGAGUGCAGAAAUACCUCCCAUCACAAAUAAUACCCAGACUGAAUUUUAAAUUAAUCAAAUCAACCUUCUAUUGGCAUUUUCAGGUUCCUUUUGCUUUAAGAUUAAAUGUUUCAUACAUUCUAAAUAUACAGAUAUAAUCUGUAUUGUCAUUAAAGCUAAUGCCAUGACAUGAAGCUGCUGCAGUUACAAAAUGAUUAUGAUGAUGAGGAUGAUGAUGAUGAUUAUUAUCAGUAGUAUGCCAUACUUAAAAAUAAUGGCUUCAAUAUUAUGUUUGUUAUAUUAUUAUUAUGUCCUUUCAUACUUUUUGAUUCUCUUCAUUCCAUCCAUAUUUCACAAAAGUUUCCAGUCUCUAAAUCUGCCAGUCAUAUGCAAAUGUCUUACACGCUCCUCUUUCAAAUUCUUUACCUAGGCAUAAUUAAAACUAAGAAUAAUUAAAAUUUUGAUUAUUUUGAUUAAGCUCAACAGGAACUUUGCUCUGUUACCACCAGUAUCAAUGUGACAGUUUCACCAGUCACAAUAUGAAAGGAUGAGGUCACAGAAUAUUUUCUUGUUUCUGAUGUCAAGCCGUGUAAUGAACAUGCUUCACACAGUGGUUCACUCUGAUGUUCUACAAAUAUCUUGCUGAUCCUCAUUAAACAGGGAAAUGUCCAGGUCACACAUGAACACGAUUUUUUGUCCAGUUACAAGGUCAAAAGAUUCCCUUUGAUAUAGGCAAAUUAAAUUUCCACCCAGUAUCCAUACCUGUCCAUUACAUUUGCUUAUUUGAUAUAUUAAAUUAUGUUAUAAUUCAUAAAUGGUAAUAAAUGUACAAGCUAUAAACUUACAACCUACAAUCUUUUAUACAGAUGAAUAUCCUCCCUCGUGCCAAGGACUGCUUCAUACCAAAUAUAUCCAGUCUGGCAGCGCAACACAAUUCACAUCUGUAUUGCGUGAUGCACAUAAUGAACAAUCUCAAGAUACGAAUGUGGAAUUUCCAUUGAGCAAUGCCCUCGACUGGGAAUUUGUGUCAAACAAUACAAAAAUUAAAAUGCACACAUACAAACUCCAAAACGAGCCUUUUAUUAUGUUAGUUAUAGGGCUGGGUUUUUAUGUGAACAGACUGGUUUCAUGUUUUAUUAAACAUGAAGAGAGUUAUUUCUUAAGAAAUUAUCCAUGCUGCAUUUAUGCUCAGUGAGCAAGUAUGAUUUUCUUGUUUAGAUUUUUUUUUAAACCAUUAUGUCUUUUAAGAGUUUAUAAUUUCAUAGAGCUCUAAUUUGAAAUGUUAAAAAUGUGAAUGAGUCCAAAUAAGCGAAUGAGUCUUUGGAAUAUCUUUUUGUUGUGGAAAGUUGUUAGAUGAAUAUUUUAGAAUAUUUUGGAUAAUUCCAUUCACACACGAUUCAGACUUGAGGGGAAAUUAUCUUCAUAACAUUUGCAAUUUUUAUAUGAUUAAAUAAUUAAAUAAGUGCAGUGAAAUGCUGCUCAAAUCUAGGAGUUAUAACCCUUUUUAAGCAAUAGGAGAAAAAAAUCCCUUGACCUCAAUUUCAUCCACUGGUAACUGGAAAUAAGUUAAUUUCAUAUUUUCAAGAAAGACAGAUGAAUUUUGAAUGCACUGCUCUGACGGAUAUUAGCACGCCCAUAACUAAACGAUAAAGAUGUGAGCAUGGCUACCUUCAGUAUGCGCUGUUCCUUGGGGUAUUUUCCAGCUACAAAAGGCCAGUUGUACCCUCUGCUUUCUCGUAUGUCACUGAGAGGCGUCACUCAUUCUAUGGCAUAGCAGAGCCUUCUUUAUAAGAAAACUAGUGGGUUACGCCUACCUUAAGGGGACAAGAAUGAUACAAACUUAGACAUCUCUGCUAAGCCUGUAUUCUUUGAAGAGAAUACUUCUUAUGCCAUUUUAUACACUGUGCUUUAAUGUUUAGAACUUUUUGCACUAGUUCUAAUAACAUUUAUUUUCGGAGAUGGUUUGGAAACUGUGCUAUAUAAUUCAGUUGUAUAACAAAUAUUAUAUCAUAUCUGUGUUUCUAGUCUUAACCUGUAUCUGUAAUGUUUUACCGUUUCUGUUGUAUUUUGAGCAGAACCGUUCCUGCUCAAUGUUUAACCCCAAUAAAGACAUACAAGCGUUCUGUCUUAACCUGCAGCCUCUUGUUUUGUGAAAGGACGAGGAAAAAAGAAGAUGAAAACGCUCAACUAUGUUUUACUGUUUAUACUUUACCUGUUUAUAUCACUAUUAAAUCCAAAUGCUCUGAAAGUCUUUUUAUUUAGAAAUAAAAUUAGAAUGAGAAUGA